GUGAAUGGUGUCCUCCCCAUCCUUCCGUUGCUAUUUCCUGUCCUGUGGAUUCUUGCUACAGCCUUUGGAGAAGCCAGAGUCUUGGCCCAGAUGAGCAAGGCCUCAUCCACCUCACUGCUUGCUAAGUUUUCAGAGGACACUCUCAGCAGCUACACAGAGAUGGUAUCUUCUCAGGAAAUGAUACGCUGCAUCUGGAGCCACUUCCUCUGUGUUGUGAAAGGCAAAUCCCCAACUCUGAGCUUUACUUCCAGCUUGCUCCAUAGUCUGGGAUCUGUCACUGUGCUCUGCUGUGUAGACAAGCAGGGGAUUCUUUCCUGGCCAAACCCCAGCCCAGAGACUGUUCUGUUCUUCAGUGGGAAGGUGGAACCACCUCAUGAUAGCCAUGAAGAUCUGACUGAUGAGCUCUCUACACGGUCCUUCUGCCAUCCUGAGAUGGAAGACGAGCCCCAUGAGAGAGAUGCUUUGCUCUCUGGCCCCCUGGCAGAUACAGUCCACAUGGCCAAUGAGCAAGAGAGGAACAACUGGUCUAGUGACCCUCCAAAGGCCCCUGAUGCCCAUGCCCACCGAAAGCCAAACAGCAGAAGCAAGCAUCCCUCUGGGUCCAAUGUGAGUUUUAGCAAGGACACGGAGGGUGGAGAGGAGGAACAUGCUCAGGUUGUUGGUGACAGUGAGGUGGUGGCUUGUGAGGCUGAAGACUUUGUGUGUGACUACCACCUUGAGAUGCUUAGCCUGUCCCAAGACCAACAAAACCCCUCCUGCAUCCAGUUUGAUGACUCCAACUGGCAUACACACUUGAACUCCCUCAAGCCUCUGGGCCUGAAUGUGCUGCUGACCCUCUGCAACGCCAGCGUGACGGAGCGGCUGUGCCGCUUCUCUGACCACCUCUGCAACAUCGCCCUCCAGGAGACUCACAGUGCUGUGCUGCCUGUCCACGUGCCCUGGGGCCUCUGCGAGCUCGCCAGGCUCAUAGGUUUCACACCAGGUGCUAAAGAUCUUUUCAAGCAGGAGAACUAUUUGGCCUUGUACCGCUUGCCAAGUGAUGAGAUGGUUAAGGAAACAAUCCUAGGGAAGCUUUCAUCAAUCACCAAGAGGAGACCACCCCUCAGCCACAUGAUUAACCUUUUCGUGAAGGACACCACUACCAGCACUGAGCAGAUGUUUUCUCAUGGGACAGCUGAUAUCAUCCUCGAGGCCUGCACAGACUUUUGGGAUGGUACCGAUAUCUACCCCCUCUCUGGCUCUGACAGGAAGAAGGUGUUAGAUUUCUACCAGCGAGCCUGCCUCUCGGGAUACUGUUCUGCCUUUGCAUACAAGCCAAUGCACUGUGCCUUGUCCUCCCAGCUCAAUGGCAAGUGCAUAGAACUGGUGCAGGUCCCUGGGCAGAGUGCCAUCUUCACCUGCUGUGACCUCCCUGGGACAACCCCCAUCAAACAGAGCAGCCGGAGGAAUAGCUGGAGCUCAGAUGAAGGGAUUGGGGAAGUGAUGGAGAAAGAAGACUGUAUCCAGGCUCUGAGUGGACAGAUCUUCAUGGGAAUGGUCUCAUCUCAGUAUCAGGCUCGUCUGGACAUUGUCCGCCUCAUUGAUGGACUGGUCAAUGCCUGCAUUCGUUUUGUCUACUUCUCCCUGGAAGAUGAGCUCAAAAGCAAGGUGUUUGCUGAGAAGAUGGGUCUCGAGACCGGCUGGAAUUGCCACAUAUCUUUAACACCCAAUGGUGAUGUGCCUGGCUCAGAGAUCCCUCCCUCUAGCCCCAGCCACGCUGGCUCUCUGCACGAUGACCUACAUCAGGUUUCUCGAGAUGAUGUGGAGGGGCUCCUGCUGAUGGAAGAGGAAGGGCACUCGGAUCUCAUCAGCUUUCAGCCGACCGACAGCGACAUCCCCAGCUUCCUGGAGGACUGUAACAGGGCCAAACUCCCACGGGGGAUCCACCAGGUGAGACCUCACCUGCAGAACAUAGACAAUGUGCCUUUGUUGGUGCCCCUCUUCACAGACUGCACCCCAGAGACCAUGUGUGAGAUGAUCAAGAUCAUGCAGGAGUACGGGGAGGUGACCUGCUGCCUGGGAAGCUCUGCCAACCUGAGGAACAGUUGCCUCUUCCUGCAGAGUGAUAUCAGUAUAGCACUGGACCCUCUCUACCCAUCCCGCUGCUCCUGGGAGACUUUUGGCUAUGCCACCAGCACCACCAUGACUCACGGCUCUGAUGAGCUCACCCCACUGCAGCUCUCAGGGCAGCUCAACAGCCUACCUUGCUCCAUGUCCUUCCGCCAAGAGGAGAGUACCAGCAUCAUCAGGCUCAUAGAGCAGGCCAGGCAUGCAACGUACGGGAUCCGCAAGUGUUUCCUCUUCCUGCUGCAGUGCCAGCUGACCUUGGUUGUCAUUCAGUUCCUCUCCUGCCUGGUGCAGCUGCCCCCCAUCCUCAGUACCACAGACAUCGUCUGGCUCUCCUGUUUCUGCUACCCGCUGCUCAGCAUCUCACUCCUGGGCAAACCUCCCCACAGCUCCAUCAUGACCAUGGCAACAGGAAAAAACUUGACUUCCAUUCCCAAGAAGGUAGGUGGUCCACCAGAUUACAAUUGUUCACACAUUUUUCUCCUUGACUUUGUCCCAUUCAGCCUGACCAUCUGCUCCUGCCUCAUCUGCUUCGGCUUCACGCUGCACGAGUCCUGCAAAGAGGUGAACGCUACCAGCCUCAACCUCACAGUCUGCUCCUCCAUCAUGCUGCACAGCAAUGCUGAUGGUGCUCCUGACUGGUUUGGAACAUUUUCCAAUGCUCUUCUUGUAGCCCAGAAGCUCACAGCUGGCCUCAUUGUUUUACACACAGUGUUCAUCUCCAUCACCCACGUCCAUCGCACCAAGCCCCUCUGGAAGAAGAGUCCCCUCUCCAACCGGUGGUGGACACUCACUGUGGCUGUUGUAUUGCUGGGGCAGGUGGCUCAGACUGCGCUGGACCUGAAACUCUGGGAAAACUUCAAUUCUUCAUUGACCUUUAACCACGUUUCCAUCUCCCCGGUCUCAUGGCUCCUGGGAUUUCUUUCCUUGGUCCUUGUGGUUAUCAUCAAUGAGAUUGUCAAGCUGCAUGAGAUCAGGGUCCGGGUCCGUUACCAGAAGAGGCAGAAGUUACAGUUUGAAACGAAGCUGGGGAUGAAUUCGCCAUUUUAA